UGCAGCCAUCGGCAGGCGGCAAUUGACUUUAAUUGUAUUUGGCCUCCAUGCGCAGCACAGAUGCAUGCACUGCUUUGGAAUCAAUAAAAUAAAGCCUCAUCUGAUCUGGUGCAAUACAACUAAAACUUUUGCACUUAAUCAUGGCCGCCAUCUGGUUCUUCUUCACCCUCCUUUACUGCCCUUAAAAGCCAGUUUUCUGUCUUUCCGAUCCACAAUGCCCAGAAUUCCUUGAACACCGAAUCUACUCCAAAUUCGACUGCAGAUCAAAAUGCUCUUGUCGCACGGGGCUUCUACGCGCGCUGUUGUGGAUUUCUCCAAUACUGUUUCUGCAACAGAGAAGUCUGGCUCGAAAUCCCUAGCUCGGUCCGUGGAGUUCUCGUGGGUCCGACGAGAUGGGUCUGGCUCUGGGUGUAGACUUAAAUGCAGAACUGCUCGAAUGAGUCCAAUUGCUGAGAGGAACAGAAGAAGAUUGGAAGUGAGAGGCUUCACGGAAGAGCAGGAGGCUCUGGUGGUCAAGUCAUGGAAUUCGAUGAGGAAGAAUACUGGGGAAUUGGGCGUUAAAUUUUUCUUGAGGAUCUUUGAGAUUGCUCCUUCUGCGAAAAAGUUGUUUACUUUCUUGAGAAAUUCAGACGUCCCUCCGGAGCAGAACCCCAAGCUGAAGCCUCAUGCUACCACAGUCUUUGUUAUGACUUGUGAAUCAGCAGUCCAACUUCGGAAGGCCGGCAAGGUGAUGGUGAAGGAGUCGAAUCUGAAAGAUUUGGGUGCCGCUCACUUCAAAUAUGGCGUAGCCGAUGAACACUUCGAGGUGACCAAGUAUGCACUGCUGGAAACUAUAAAGGAGGCUGUUCCAGAGAUGUGGUCGUUGGAGAUGAAGAAUGCAUGGGGAGAAGCUUAUGACCAGUUGGUUGCUGCAAUCAAGAAUGAAAUGAAACCCUAAUUAUUCCUCCCCCUUAAUUCCUCGAGGUUACAGCAGCAUCUUCUCCUUCUUAGAGAUUAUUAUUAUUAUUAUUAAGAAUAAGGAAUCAUGUUUCUUCUUAUUGGCAGUCUUGGCCAUUACAUUAUCAAAAAACAUAACAGAAACAAGAUGAGGUAUCUAUCCAUCUAUCAAUUAUUAUUAGUUA